CGUUGCUGACACAACAAGAAAUAUAUGGGAAUGUUUAAAAGAUCUAUAUAUGCCAGUACCAACUGCUGAAAAAUGGAAAACAAUAGCUGACAGAUUUCAAGAUCUGUGGAAUCUCCCAAACUGUAUAGGUGCUAUAGAUGGGAAGCACAUCAGAAUACAAAAGAUUCCAAAAUCUGGUUCAUCUAAUUUUAACUAUAAAUCGUACCACUCGCUGGUACUUAUGGCGAGUUGUGAUGCAGAUGGUAUAUUUACAACAAUUGAUGUUGGUCAGGCAGGGAGAAAUAGUGACGGUGUAGUUUUUAGAGCUUGUCGUUUAGGCCGAUGGUUAGAUAUAAAUGGUCUUGAUAUUCCAACAGGCAUCAAAUUACCUCACGACCAAGGGGAUAUACAAAUGUUUCCAUACUAUUUUGUCGCGGAUGAAGCAUUUCCUCUUAAGUCCUAUUUGAUGAGGCCUUAUCCAAGAAGAGUACUUGAUAACAAAAAGAGAAUUUUUAAUUAUAGAUUAAGUAGAGGAAGAAAAACAAUCGAAUGUGCUUUUGGGAUGAUGGCUAGUAAAUUUAAGGUACUAAGUACACCAAUUUUAUGUGUAAAUGAAGAAACAAUAAGCAGUAUUAUACGAUGUAUGUGUGUAUUACAUAAUUUUAUUCGGAUUAGAGAAGGUAGAGCUUAUCAACCGCAGUACCAUAAGGAAACUGAAAUGAAUAUGAAUAUUGGAAUGAAUUUGGAAUUAGAAAAUGAAAACAACAAUUUACCAACCAGAAAUUCGGCAUCCGGACUUAGAGAUUAUCUGUCUAACUACUUCAUACAACCACAAUCUGCAUUACCUUGGCAAUGGAAUUAUUGUACAUCGUAAAAUAAUAGUAUUUAUCUUAUAUAAUAUUUUUUUUUUUAUAAUAA